AGAAAAACAUUUGAAGCCGCAUUGGUCCUGUUUCGUCUCGUCGCGCUUCUCUCUGGCGCGCUAUUCGCCGCGUCUAGUCAGGGAGGAAAUCCUAGCUCUAGAACCCCGGGCUUAACUCCGAAUACAUUGAAUAUCACCAACACCAUGUCUGACAAGACAACAGUGAUCGUGACUUCAGCUGUUGGCUUGGGUGCUGUCGCGAUUUUAACUGUUCCCGCCGCCCUAAAUCUAGGUAGACUGCGUAGUCGAGGAUCGAAAUAUGCGACCGGCAUCUAUGAAGAUAAGGAUGGUAAAAGCACGCCAGAGGCCGUCAAGGCCUUCAGCGCCAAGAUCCCCAAAGCCGCCAUACUAAUCCUCUCACUGAUCGGUCUCGGCCUGUCGAUCGCGCUCGCUGUCAACUCGACGUUGGACAGACAAAGCAUAGAAGGUGGCUUAUUCCUCGGGAAUUGGUUGGGCGUUAUAAUCUCGGCUCUUCUGACCCUACAAGCGGUCAGUAUCGUAUCCAGCCGAGAUUCGGUCGCUGCUUACGACUUAGGCGCAUGGUCUUUUCUUUCGUGCAUCAUUCUAAUUGCCGUUCUCGCUAUUCAUGAUAAUGGCGUAGCAGCUACACUCCUAAGGCAACAUGUCGAUGGGAUUUUUACUAUACGUUUGGCUGAACUAGUUGCGGCUAUCUCCUUGGCUGUUGCUAGCUUAUCACUUCCUCGGCGACCCGAUGUGUUCCUCGAUGGCCACCCCGUCGAUAGGCUGUACACGGAAUCAGCAUGGAGUCGAUUCAACUGGAGCUGGCCUGUCUAUUUACUUCGCAAGGCUACAAAGAAGAAUAACCUCGACCUAGAGGAUCUUCCUAGGCCGGAUCAUUACACAAGGUCUAAAGAGACGACUGCCGAUUGGGAAAGCCGUGGAUUCACAGGUCCACUAUGGAUCUCUAUUGUCCUCGCCCAUAAAUGGAAUUUCGCAAUCCAAUGGAUUUUGACCAUAGUCACUGCCUUUCUAAAUUUGGCACCCCAGUGGGUUGUCCUACAACUGCUGAACCUACUAGAGCGACGCGAAAGCCACGAGCGCGUUAGUUAUGAAGCCUGGGUCUGGGUUAUCUUAAUCGCCGUAGCUAUCCUUAUUCAAUCAUGGGUCGAGGCAUACGUCUAUUGGCUUUCAUGGGCCCAACUUUGCAUUCCUAUUCGAGCGCAAUUGUCGGCAUUGAUUUUCCGAAAAUCUAUGAGACGUAAAGAUGUCAAGGAAGCCACUAAAAAGCAGAAAGCUGCUGCAUCAGAAUCAACCGAGCCGAAUAUCGCCGGGCAAAUGGGAGAGGCAUCCGGUACUGACAGACCAGAUAUCGAUGAAUUCGAAGAAGACUCGGACGAGCAGAUCAGGAAAAGCAAGCAGAGUACCGUUAAUCUAAUAGGUGUAGAUGCCAAGCGGGUAUCUGAUUUUGCUGCAUUCAAUAACAUCUUCCCUGGUAGUCUCUUCAAGUUGAUCGUAUCGCUGCUCUUCCUCUUGGAUCUCCUUGGUUGGAAAGCCCUUCUCGCGGGCUUUUCGACAAUGCUUGCCGUUACUCCUAUUAACAUAUAUUUCUCGAAGAAGUAUUCGGAUGCUCAAGAUCGUUUAAUGAAAGUCCGAGAUGAGAAAAUGGAGGUCGUUUCGGAGGCUCUUCAGGGGAUUCGUCAAAUCAAAUUCUCCGCCCUUGAGCCGCAAUGGGAAAAGAAAAUCGGCGAUGUCAGAGAACGAGAAUUGUCAUGUGUUUGGAGCGCCUUUAUGAACGAUGUUAUGCUAAUCGGAUGCUGGAUUACGAGUCCGAUUAUGCUUGCAGCCGUGGCUCUUGCCGUCUACGCAGCCUUAUAUGGUACUCUUACACCCUCGGUCGCAUUCGUCAGUCUUGGCGUUUUCAAGGCACUCGAAGUUACCUUAUCUGUUAUUCCCGAACUAACGACCGAUCUUGUCGAUGCUUGGGUUUCGGUGAAGCGAAUGGAUACGUACUUAAGGGGCGCGGAGAUUUCUAAGAUAACUAAAGAGGCUGACGAGGUUACCUUUGACGAAGCAUCCAUCGCUUGGCCCUCGGAUAGCCAAGAGGAGGAUCCCGACCGAUUCGUUUUACGCGAUAUUAACAUCAUAUUCCCCAAGGGCGAACUAUCGAUCAUAUCAGGGAAGACUGGAAGCGGGAAGAGUUUGUUGUUGGCUGCUAUCUUAGGCGAGAUUGACAUUCUCAACGGGUCUAUUAGCGUACCACGAGCGCCCUCUCAAGGACACGACCAAAAAGCUAACAGAGACAACUGGAUUAUCCCUGGUGCGAUUGCGUUCGUCGCGCAAAUACCAUGGAUCGAGAAUGCGACCGUCAAAGAGAAUAUUUUAUUCGGUUUACCUUAUGAUGCGUAUCGAUACAACAAGACUAUUGAGGUUUGCGCUUUGACAAAGGAUAUGGAAAUGUUCAGCGAUGGAGAGAACACGGAGAUCGGCGCAAAUGGCAUCAACCUAAGUGGUGGACAGAAAUGGCGAAUCACGCUAGCCCGUGCGAUUUACUCUCGCGCAGGAAUACUUGUCCUAGACGAUAUCUUCAGCGCAGUCGAUGCUCAUGUCGGUCGUCAUAUCUUCGAGAAGUGUCUAAACGGCGAGCUCGGUGUUGGUCGAACGAGAAUUCUAGUUACGCACCAUGUUGCCCUAUGUGAACCAAAAACCAAGUUCCUUGUCGAAUUGGGAGAUGGUCGUGUGUUGAAUGCGGGAUUUAUCUCGGAAUUAGAACAAACUGGAACUCUGGAUCAGAUUAAGAGUCAUGAGCAGACGGACCAGGAAAUUCGGGAUGAUGAGGGGUCGACCGCUAUUAACUCCGAAGAGACGUCGCAAGCCGAUGGUGAACCGAAUGGAGAACCGAAUGGAGAGCCUUUAGCUAAGGUCCCCUCGAAAGCGCAAGCACGCAAAUUUGUCGAAGAAGAAGCUCGAGAAAAAGGAGCCGUCAAGGGCAAAGUCUAUGCAGCAUACCUAACGUAUAGUGGGUCAUGGUGGUUCUGGGGCGCAGUUGUUUUCCUCUUUCUAUUCGUACAAGCCUUAACUCUAGGUCGUUCAUGGUGGCUACGGAUAUGGACGGGAUCGUAUAACGAGCACCGGGAGACUACUCAAAUACAGAUGGAGGCCCAGGCGUAUCCAUAUCAGUACGCCUUACAACAGUUUACAAUGGAUACGAUGGUCCGACCAAUGGUUAAACCCGACACUAACAGCCUAACCUUCUACUUAGGCAUCUAUGUCUUCAUCUCGACCUUUACUUCCCUUGUCUCAACUUUCCGGUACUACUACGUAUUCCGUGGCUCAAUACGCGCUUCCAGACAACUUUUUUCCAAGCUCAACUUUACGGUGCUCCGAGCGCCGCUCCGAUGGUUAGACACGGUCCCUCUUGGUAGGAUCCUGAACCGAUUUACGGCUGAUUUCCACUCGGUGGAUACUCACAUGGCGUACUCGAUGGCGUUUGCCGCAAGUGCACUCCUAAACCUCGUGGGAGUCAUCGUCGCUGGUCUAUUCGUCUCUCCGAUAAUCAUAGUUCUAGCGUUCAUCCUGCUCUUAAUUUCUGCAUUUUAUGCAAUCCGCUAUCUCCACGGAGCUAGACCGGUCAAGCGACUCGAGUCGAUUACCAAGUCUCCCGUAUUUGAGCAAUUCGGAUCGGCCUUGACCGGUGUCCAGACGAUUAGAUCAUUCGACAAGAGCCAAACUUAUAUCGAGCGCAUGUAUACGAAGUUAGACGACUGGACCGUAGCUACUUGGCAUCUUUGGCUAUUCGUCCGUUGGAUGGGAUGGCGCAUGGCCGUAGUUGGAAGUUUCUUUGCUUCAUUCGUUGCUAUUCUCAUCCUUGUGGCACCUGAGAUCGAUGCGGCACUUGCCGGGUUUGGAUUGGCGUUCGCCCUCGAAUUCUCGAACCACAUCAUGUGGACCAUUCGCCAUUACGCCAACGUGGAACUCGAGAUGAAUGCCGCGGAACGAAUUGUGGAAUACACGGAAUUGCCAACGGAAAGCUUAGGUGGUGCUAGUCCACCCGCGGCUUGGCCUACAGAAGGACGUGUUGAAGUGAAUGACCUUGUCGUUGGCUACGCAGAUGACUUACCUCCUAUCCUAAAGGGCCUUAACUUCAGUGUCAAGCGAAAUGAGCGUAUUGGUGUGGUAGGACGAACCGGUGCAGGCAAAUCAUCCCUAACGCUUGCGCUGUUCCGUUUCCUUGAGGCACGGUCGGGAAGUAUCCACAUUGACGGAGUGGACAUUUCCAAAAUCAAGCUACACGAUCUACGCAGCCGACUAGCCAUCAUACCACAAGACCCGGUCCUAUUCAGCGGCACCGUAAGAUCGAAUCUCGACCCCUUCGAUAACCAUUCCGACGCUGAGCUCUUCGACUCGUUAGCACGUGUGCAUCUAAUCUCCGAGGACGGGAAUGAGACCGGAAAUGGCCCCACACCAACAGGCACGCCCGGAACAUCCACCCCGACAUCGAGUACCGGCAGUAAGAAGAACACGAACAUCUUCCGCAACUUACUCUCACCAAUCUCGGAAGGAGGCCUAAACCUAUCGCAAGGACAACGUCAAUUACUCUGCCUAGCGCGCGCCAUCGUAUCGCGUCCCAAGGUCAUGGUACUAGACGAAGCGACAAGCGCCGUGGACAUGACAACCGAUGCGCUUAUCCAACGCAGCAUCCGCGAGGAAUUCGGCGAUAGUACACUUAUCGUGAUCGCGCACCGUCUAAGUACAAUCGCCGACUUCGAUCGUAUCUUAGUCCUAAGCGACGGAAAAGUGGCUGAAUAUGGUACCCCGCGUGAGCUAUGGGAGAUACAAGGUCCCGAGGAAGAAGGUGGGUUGGGUAUGUUCCGCGCUAUGUGUGAGCAGAGUGGCGAGAAGGAACAUUUGAGACAGAUUGUUUAUGGGGAGGUUUGAGAAUGUUACGAAUUAGGAGAUAGGUUAGUUAGAGAAUUUUUAGAAGGAUAUGAGGAAAAUGGCCUGGUUUGGGGGACAUGAGGGAUACGUACCU